AUGGAGAGGCCGGCUUUCUUGGACCAAGAACCUCCCAAAGGUUAUAUACCAGGCAUUGGUCGAGGUGCUACUGGAUUCACUACCAGAUCAGAUAUAGGUUCUGGUAAGGUUCCUGCCCGGCUGCGGGAUGGAGGGGAGAUAAACGUGGCAGCCCAUGAGGACAAAGAACUCAUAGAUAGUGAUGGCAAUAAGCUUCCGACGAACUCGCGAUUUGACGACUCUAAUGGACUGUCUUUGGCCUCUGAGGUGCUCGAUAGAGAUGAUGAAGAGGCCGAGAACAUAUACCUUCAAGUUGAUAACAAGCUGUCCCAAAGAAAUAGAAGGAAAAAGGAAAUCGAGCAGUCAUCUUCGAAUGCAGGUGUGUUUGGCUCGAUUUCAGAGGAUUUUGUAGACUUGAAGAGAUCACUAGCGGGUGUUAGCGAAGAGCAAUGGGAAGGCAUUCCAGAGGCUGGCGAUAUUACAAGGAGAAACAAGAGACAGAGAUUGGAAAUGCAAAGUGAGCGGAAAACUUAUGCUGCACCUGACACCCUAAUAUCGGGAAAUAUAAACCUUACAAAAUUAACGGAAGAGCGUGAGAAGCUGCUAGGAAUCCAGCUAGAUGAGAAUUUUCAAGCUGGUCAUAACUUACAGAAAACCAAUAAUGGUGAUGCUGUCGAGCAAUAUCUGUCUCAGUUGGACACUGCUGCUUCAAGUAGCGAUUUGAGCAACCAAGUCGAGGAUCUUAAGAAAAUGCGUAUCAUUUUCAGUUCCUAUCGAAAGUCUGAUCCAAAGAAACCACAAGGCUGGAUUGCCUCGGCGCGUCUGGAGGAAAAAGCUCAAAAGUUUAAAUUAGCAAAACAAUUUAUUGAAGAAGGCUGCAAGCAAUGUCCAAGAGAUGAGGAUAUUUGGCUCGAAAACAUAAGACUUCAUUCUUCCGAUAUUCACUAUUGUAAGGUGUUGGUUGCAGAAGCCCUUCGAUUUAAUAAUCAAAGUUUAAAACUAUGGCUCAAAGCGGUCGAUCUUGAGAGAGAAUCAUUUAAUAAGGUGAGAGUCGUUAGAAAAGCCUUACAGAAUUUACCAAGUUCAGAAAGUCUUUGGAAGUUAGCUGUUCAACUCGAAAGUGAUAAAGAGGAGGCACUUAGAAUUCUCACAAAGGCAGUGGAGCUUAAUUCUACGAGCGUCGAUCUGGUGGAAGCGCUAAUUAAUUUACAGAAUCAUGCAGAAGCUAGAAAAACCCUAAACAGAGCUAGACAAAACAUGCCCACUGAAGAGAGAAUAUGGAUAUUUGCCUUAGAGAUCGAAGAGAAGUUCAAUAAUGCUUCUGUGGAUAAGUUGAUCAAAAUGCACACCAAAGGGAUCAAAGAGCUAUCGAAACAUGGCAAAUAUCUUACUUUUGAGAAUUGGUUAACGAUAGGUGAAAAUCUAGAGCGAGAAUUCUCAGCACUUUAUCCAAAGACAGUAGAAGCAAUCAUAUAUUCGUCUUUGCGCCUAGAGUACGACUCUUCCAAGUUCUCUGAUCUCUAUUCACUACUCAGUGGUAUUGAAGAUACUUGCUGGAUCACGAAAGUAUCAGCAUAUUCUUGUAUACUGAAACAAGAACCUGGGAGAUUCAGCCUCUGGAAAAGUUUCAUCGCUUUGUGCAGAAAUCUUCUCAAAAUGAGCAGGGUUUAUGAUCUUUUCAACGACAUUUUAUUUUCAGAUGAUGAUGCCAUGCUGAAGAAGUAUCCCAUAUUGGUUCUAAUUUAUUCAAAGGAAGUGUGGAAAAUUGAGAAAAACGAAGGGCAAGCUCUAGAGAUCAUUGAUAAAGCUCUGAGAAGGUUUCCUCCUCACGUUGACUUCUGGUUAGCUAAAACAAAACUGCUUAUAGUGAAUUCUAUGUUAGACCAAGCUGAAGUCGUAUUCCAUGAUGCAAUGCAGAGUAUUGAUCAAGCACAAGGUUUAGAAAGGCUAUAUUAUCGAUACAUCAGCUUUUUAAGGUUUAAAGGGGACAACAAGAGGGCAUUAACUCUUUUAGAAGAGAAGUAUCUACAAGAAUAUCCCGAAUGCGAGAAACUCUAUUUACAAUGGGGCCAGAUCUAUUCAGACUUGAAUCAAUUCCGUAAAUCGAGAGAGUGUUUCUCUAUCGGAACGAAAAAGAUUCCCCGAAGUUGUCAUCUUUGGAAGGCUUUAUCCGAGCUAGAUGAGCAAGCACUUCAGAAGCACACGCUUGCUCGCUCAGAUUUAGAUCUAGGCUUACUAAAAAAUCCAGACUCUGAGCAACUUUUUUUUGCAAAGAUUCAGAUGGAGACAAGAUUGGGAAAUUACGAUAUUGCCAGAUUGUUGGUAUCUGAAAGUUUGAGAAAGUUUCCAGAAAGUCCCUUACUUUGGGCAGAAAAUAUAAAGCUGACUUCCAAGAAGUCAUUAAAAAGAACGGUGUUUCAAGAUGCGUUAAAAGCUACUAACAAUGACGGCCGCGUUCUUCUCGAAAUUGGAAUCAAUUUCUUUCGAGACGCUCAAUAUGAAAAAUCUUUAAAAUGGCUAGAAAGGGCUACAACUUCCAAUCCCCUCUACGGUGACGCUUGGUUAUGGCUAGCCCGCUGUAAUAAAAAGCUAGGCAAGAGUAUCGAGCCUCUUUUAAAUCAAGUCGAAGAUUACGAGCCUAGGUAUGGAAAUGAGUGGAUUUCUAUGUCCAAAAACGUUAAGAGACAGUACCUCUCACCUGCACAGAUACUCAAAGCAUCCAUAGAAGCCUUAAACUGA